AUCGAUGAGACUGCCAGUGGAGCGCACAUGCCGGGUUGCCAAGACGCGCAUGGCGGACCCAUAAAUGCUUCUAGCAUCCUGCCAGUUGACAUCAGGUCAUCCGGGAUCGUGGCAAUCCGGCCAAACCCAAGCCAAACAAACCACUUGUCGGCGUCGAGCAAAUCAGCCGAUUGGAACGCGCGCUCUCCGGAGUGAGCUGCAGUGUGGGGAACAGUUCGCCCUUGCUGACUUUGCAGUCCGUCGAUCAGCGGUCCCAUCGAGGGCUAGGGAUAAGAAGGCGCGCACUGCCAAACGAAGGUCCUGCAAGCUCUUGCUCCUGGUUGCAGUAACCAUGGCGUCCAAACCCAAGCCGCAAGCUGUGUCCAGGACACAUGGAUACGAGUUUUUUGGCCCACCCGGUGCUGCAGCCAUCAGCUUCGGUCUCCCGUUGCUCAUCUACGCCUUCACCUUCGCCUGCAACGACAUUUCAGGCUGCCCCGCCCCAUCAGUCCUCCACCCGAAGUCGCUCGAUCUCGGUGUUCUCAAGCAUGAGGUGGGAUGGCCCGAGAAUGGGAUUCAGGGUUUCGUCAGCUGGAAAGCGACCGGCUACACAUUGGCGUACUACUUGCUCAGCGCGAUCCUCUACAGGAUCCUGCCGGGAACUGAAGUUGAAGGAACCAAGUUGGCGAACGGUGGACGAUUGAAAUACAAGUUUAAUGCCUUCUCCUCGACCAUGUCUACCUUGGCCAUUUGCGCCGCCGGUACCAUUGCCCAGGGCGCCGACUUCCCUCUUUGGACCUUCAUCACCGACAACUACCUGCAGAUUCUGUCUGCCAACAUCAUCAUCGCCUACGCCCUCGCGACCUACGUCUACAUUGGCAGCUUCAGCGUUAAGCCGGGCAACCCGCAGUUCCGCGAGCUCGCCGCCGGCGGCGUCUCGGGCAAUAUGCUGUACGACUGGUUCAUCGGCCGCGAGCUCAACCCGCGCGUCACCCUACCUUUUAUUGGCGAGAUCGACAUCAAGGAGUGGAUGGAAAUUCGCCCGGGCCUGACGGGCUGGAUCCUGCUCAAUUGCGCCUUCGUGGCCAAGCAGUACCGCACCUUUGGCUUCGUCACCGACAGCAUCAUCUUCAUCACGGUUGUCCAGGCGCUCUACGUUUUCGACGGCCAGUUCAUGGAGCCCGCCAUCCUAACCACCAUCGACAUCACCACCGACGGCUUCGGCCUGAUGCUCUCGUUUGGCGACCUUGUCUGGGUGCCCUUCAUCUACAGCCAGCAGACGCGCUACCUGUCGGUGCACCCGCAGUCGCUCGGGCCGCUCGGCCUCACCGUCGUCGGCGCCCUGCUCGCCGCGGGCUUCGCCAUCUUCCGCCUGUCCAACAGCCAGAAGAACGCCUUCCGCACCAACCCCAACGACCCCAGCGUGCUCCACCUCAAGUACCUCGAGACCAAGGCUGGCACGCGCCUGCUCAUCUCGGGAUGGUGGGGCGUCGCGCGCCACAUCAACUACCUCGGCGACUGGCUGCAGGCCUGGCCAUAUUGCCUGCCCACGGGGCUGGCAGGUUACACGAUCCUGUCCGCCGGCACGCUGGCCCCGGACGCCAUCAAGAUGCUAGACGGCAGGGAGGUUGUGCCGGGCGAGGCGAGGGGUUGGGGCGUCAUCUUUACCUACUUUUACUUGGUUUACUUUGCCGUCCUGCUCAUCCAUCGCGACAGGAGGGACGACGAGAAGUGCUCGAGGAAGUAUGGCGAGGAUUGGGAGAAGUACAAGAGGAUUGUCAGGUGGCGGAUUGUUCCGUAUGUCUAUUAAUUGAGGAAUGCAUCGUAGGCAAUUGCGUGUUUGAUGAUGGAGAGAAGAUGGAGGAAAAUGGGUUGGAGGAAACAGACACAAUUGUGGGAAGGAGGAUAGGACGUUUGAUGUAUCCGUAUUAUAGCUAGCCCUCUUCAUUGAGUCAGCGACAGUUAUGUGAAUCUUAUAAUGGAAAUGCCAU